AUGCAUCUGAAUAAUCCAGAACCGAUAGCCAUAGUCGGUAGUGGUUGUCGUUUCCCUGGAGGCGCAAGCUCGCCAUCAUCAUUAUGGAAACUCCUAGAGAAGCCCAGGGAUGUAUCAACAGAGAUUCCCGAUGACCGGUUUGAAUUAAAGGGCUAUUAUCACCCCAAAGGCGCCCACCAUGGAACGACAAAUGUGCAACGCGCAUACAUGUUGCAGGAAGACUUUCGCAAAUUUGACACGGGAUUUUUCAAUAUUAGUCCCAAUGAGGCAGAAUCAAUGGAUCCACAGCAGCGAUUACUCAUGGAAGUAGUGUAUGAGGCUCUGGAAGCCGGUGGUCACACGAUAGAAGGGCUUCGAGGCUCUGACACGGCUGUCUUUGUCGGUACAAUGUCUGUCGACUACAACGACAUCGUUAUGCGCGAUAUUGACACAACUCCGACCUACUUUGCAACUGGCAGUUCUCGUGCCAUCCUUGCAAACCGCAUCUCAUACUUCUUCGACUGGCAUGGGCCGUCCAUGACUAUCGAUACAGCCUGUUCCUCGAGUAUGGUAGCAUUACAUCAAUGCGUGCAAUCGCUUCGAACCGGUGAAUCGCGGGUGGCCGUGGCUGGUGGCACAGAGCUCCUUUUGGGCCCAGAGCAAUUUGUGAGCGAGAGCAAGAUGAACUUGCUUUCUCCAACGGGUACUUCACGUAUGUGGGAUGCCGAGGCGAAUGGCUAUGCACGAGGCGAUGGGAUAGCUGCCGUUGUAUUGAAAAGGCUUAGUGAUGCCAUUGCGGAUGGCGACGAAAUUGAGUGCCUGAUUCGAGAGACAGGUGUCAAUCAGGAUGGAAAGUCCACGGGCUUGACAGUUCCCAGCUCAGAGGCGCAAGCUGCGCUGAUUCGAAGUACAUACUCCCGUGCCGGGUUAGACCUCUCCGAUACGCGAGAUUGGCCUCAAUACUUUGAAGCCCAUGGUACGGGCACCAAGGUUGGCGAUCCUCGUGAAGCCAACGCAAUUCAAACUGCGUUCAACGGUCCGGCGGUGAACGGCAACCCUCUUUAUGUAGGAUCAAUCAAAACAAUCAUUGGACAUACAGAGGGCACAGCCGGACUAGCGGGAGUGCUCAAGGCGGCACUCGCCAUUAGAAAUGGUACCAUUCCUCCAAAUAUGCUGCUCAACCGACUGAAUCCCGAUGUUCAGCAAUACUGUCAGAACUUACAUGUUCCCACUGACGCGAUUCCGUGGCCCUCGUUACCCGCGGGUGUGCCGCGACGAGCGAGUGUCAAUAGUUUUGGUUUUGGAGGUACUAAUGGACAUGCAAUUGUGGAAAGCUACCAGUCUUCGACGAAGGAAAGAGCAGCUGAGUCUGCGGCUGACCUUGCGCCUUUCACUCCCUUCACCUUUUCAGCUGCUAGCGAAGAAUCACUUGUAGCCCUUCUGCAAAGCUAUUCCGAAUUUCUAAAGACACAUAACCCGUCAUAUCUUCGUGACCUGGCUUGGACGCUGCAAUCUCGCCGCUCUGCACUCCCUGUCAAGACGGCACUGUCCGCCUCUACCAUUGAGGACUUAGUGUCUCAAAUCGAUCGCAAGCUCGAACAAGCCAAGAAAUCACCAGAAAAUAAGAUUGGUGUGCGAUCGAGACCAGCUAAGCCCCGGCUACUGGGGGUCUUUACUGGCCAAGGCGCUCAAUGGGCGACGAUGGGUGCCUAUCUAAUCCGGUCUUCGGCCGUGGUACGUACCAAAUUGGAAGAACUCGAUCAAGCAUUGGCUACUCUCCCGGAAAGUGACCGUCCAUCGUGGCGGAUUGCAGACGAGUUGUUGGCUGGCAAGGAUACUUCCCGCCUCGGCGAGGCCGCCCUGUCGCAGCCGUUGUGUACAGCUAUUCAAGUAGUCUUGGUUGACUUACUACGGAGCGCAGGUAUCACCUUCCAAGCCGUCGUUGGUCACUCAUCUGGUGAAAUAGCAGCUGCUUAUGCAGCGGACUUCAUUUCUGCCAAAGACGCUGUCCGCAUUGCUUAUUACAGAGGUGUUCACGCAAAACACGCGAAAGGGCCGAAGGGACAGAAAGGCGCAAUGCUGGCUGUUGGAACCUCGUGGGACGAUGCACAAGAAUUGCUGGAUCUUCCGGCAUUCAAAGGGCGGGCGAAGAUAGCUGCUCAUAACUCCGGUGCUAGCGUAACUUUAUCUGGAGAUAGUGAUGGUAUUGACCACGCCAAAAGGGUUUUCGAUGAAGAGAAGAAGUUUGCACGGCGGUUGAUUGUAGACACUGCAUAUCAUUCUCAUCAUAUGAUUCCGUGUAGUGAUCCCUAUGUUGAUUCAUUACGGUCCUGUGGUAUCAAAGUGAAAUCGGACCGCGACACUUCUUGCACCUGGUACUCCAGUGUCAAGCCUGGCGAACGAAUGGAAGCCAGCCCAGACCUGUGCGAUUUGUACUGGAGAGACAACAUGGUCAACGCGGUACUCUUUACGGAGGCUGUUCAGAGCGCAGCCACAGCCGAAGAGUUGAAUAUGGCCGUAGAAGUCGGCCCACACCCAGCUUUGAAGGGCCCAGCCACUCAGUCUCUAUCCGAUAUCGACAAAUCGCUUCCAUACACCGGUGUCUUGAGCCGUAACCAAAACGACGUUGAAGCUUUUUCGGACGCUUUGGGGUUUUUAUGGACGCACCUUGGGCCGGGUACGGUGGACUUUCAAGCGUAUCAAAGUUUGGUAUCCCCGGGACCUACGCCAAAGCUGACAGUUGCCUUACCUUCGUAUCCUUGGAAUCACAGUCAAACUAACUGGCACGAGUCGCGUAAAGCAAAAAGGACUGCUCUUAGGGGAUCUGCGUUUCACGAGCUGUUGGGCGUUCCAUCUUCCAACAAUACCGAUCAUGACCUCCGCUGGACAAAUUUCCUCAAAGCAAACGAAAUCGCUUGGCUAGACGGACAUCAAUUGCAAGGUCAGACAGUUUUUCCCGCUGCAGGAUAUGUCGCGAUGGCUCUGGAAGCCAGUCAAUUUUUAGCUGGUAGCAGGAAUGUUCAAGUGUUCGAAGUGCAGGACCUCACAAUUCACAAGGCCAUUACUUUUGAUGACGGAGCCAGCUUCGCGGUCGAGACUUUGGUGGCCUUGACUGGAAUAUCCGCCGGUGGUCCGAAUGCAAGGACGCAGACCGCUGAUUUUGCUGUGUAUUCAUGCCCCAACACGGGGACCAUGUCCAUGGACCUAGUGUCGAGCGGUAAGGUCAAGAUCUUUUAUGGCAACUCUUCUUUCUCCACGCUAUCUUCUUCCCCGCUCGACGCAGGGGAGAUGGUAGAAGUCGAUAGCGAUCGCUUUUACGAGUCUCUUCUUGAUCUAGGAUACGGUUAUAACGGCCCCUUCAAGACCUUGACAUCUACAAAAAGGAGGUUUAACCAUGCCUCAGCCAUAUUGUCCACCUAUAACUACCAGGAUGAUGAUCAGCCUCUAAUCGUUCAUCCGAGCAUGCUCGAUGUCGCUUUCCAAGCUUCCUUCCUUGCACAGUCGGCUCCCGGUGACGAGCAACUUUGGUCCCUACAUGUGCCCACGUCGAUCAAGUGCAUUCGAGUCAACCCAGAGCUAUGCGGGUCGCUACCAGGAUCAUCCACCCAACUGCCGCUCUCUGCCGUCUUACAUGAACCGGACGGAAUUAGCGUACGCAGUAGUAUUGAUGUGUUCGACGAGAACGGCCAGGAGACACUGCUCCAGGUGGAGGAUCUAGUAAUGAAGCCCUUCUCCCCGGCAACUGCCUCUGAUGACCGGCCCAUGUUUUCCACAACUCAAUAUGGUGUGGCCAUGCCAGAUGGGAACACCGCUAUCGGCUAUGAUAGGCCUUCAGUUGAAGAGACAGAAGCGGCUGAAUUAUGUGAGAGACUUGCAUACUACUAUAUCAGAAAGUGGAAUUCUGAGAUUGCAGAGGAUGAAUGGGAAAGUAGCAAGACAGACUACGGAUAUCUACGGAACGCAAUCAAUCAACUAUUAAUGAAAGUCGAUAGCAGUCAACAUCCUUCAGUAAAGGAGGAAUGGACGACGGACACCAUCGACCGAAUCGAGUCAUUGCUAAGCAGAUAUGCGGAGAAGAUCGACAUCAAGUUUAUUCGUUCCAUUGGAGAGAAUAUGCCUGCGGUUAUACGUGGACAGUCUACUGACUUGAACAACGCGAGGCAGCAUAACAUGGUCGACCAGCUGUACAGCGAUGGCCUUGGAUUCUCCAGGUAUAACAUAAUCUUGGCCCAGCUGACGAAGCAAAUUACACACCGGUAUCCACAUAUCAAGAUACUAGAACUAGAUGCUCGUGCUGGCCAUGCAACAAGAGGGAUCUUGGAAUCCAUCGGCAAUUCCUUUGCUUCAUAUUCUUACACUGAUCCCUCGCCAGAAUUCGUCAAAACUGCGGCAGAGGAAUUCAAAAUAUAUGGUCAGAAACUAACAUUCAAGGUUCUCGACCCCGAGCAAACACCAUCUUCCCAAGGAUUUGAAGAAAACUCAUACGAUGUAAUUAUUGCAUCCAACGCACUUCACGCAAAAUCCUCACUGGAGAGUAAAUUAGCCAAUGUUCGUCGUCUUCUCAGACCCGGUGGCUUCCUCUUGGCUUCUGGGAUUACCAACGAUCAGUCGAUCCGAAUGUUGACGUUAAUGGGAGGGCAAACAGAAUGGCUGGCGGGUAGCAACGGGGGKGGUCGAAAGAAGAACUCAGCGAGAAUAUCCACAUGGCACAAUACUUUGCGAAAAGUUGGAUUUGCCGGUAUUGAUACUAUAGUGCCGGAAAUUGACGGGGUAGCUUGGCCAUUUUCUGCGAUUGCUGCCCAGGCUGUCGAUGAUCGGAUCAAUUUCCUCCGGAAGCCACUGAUGUCUCCCUCACCGGAGUGUCUAGAUGAGCUCGUAAUUCUCGGGAAUGGUACUUUGAAAACGGCUCGCUUGGCCGAGGAGAUUUCUGAGCUUAUCAGCCCGCUCGGCACCAAGGUUACGAUACUCGAGGGCUUGCCAACAGACGAUGACGAAAUUCCACCGAUGUCUACUUUCAUUAAUCUCAUGGACUUGGAAGAGCCCAUCUUCAAAAACUUGACAGAGGAUACCAUGGAAGGGUUAAAGUGCCUCUUCGAGCUCGCGAGUAACGUUGUUUGGGUCAUCGAAGGGGCCCGGACAGAUGAACCCUACCAUAACGCCAGUCUUGGCUUUGGUAGAACCAUCUCUGCUGAAAUGUCUCACUUGUCUCUGCAGUUCAUUGACUCAGCCGGCGCUGGAGUCUCGGCUUCUCGUCUUAUCAGCGAAGCGGUCUUGCGCUUGGCUGCUCUGGAAAUGUGGGACGAAAAAGGAACAUUACACCAAGAAAUACUAUGGUCAAAAGAAUUGGAGUUGUACUUAGAGAAUGGCCGACUCAUGAUACCUCGAAUUCUUCCCGUUGACGAUCAGAAUGCUCGUAUCAAUUCCUUACGGCGUCCAGUCACUAAGUUGGUUGAUUCGGAGAAUGCGAUAGUGCGCAUCUCUCAUGGUACCGACGCAGCGGUAGUCUUGCGAGAAGAAUGCAUUCCACCGACCCUGGAAGACGAUAUGAUGUCGGUUCAAGUAAGUCACUCGGUUCUGUCUGCUAUGAAGGUUGGGCAGGAGACCUAUUUGUUCCUUGGACUUGGUGCGGACCGGACCACGGGCGAGGCUGUUAUCGAACUUUCUGAGAUCAACGCAUCUCAGACAGUCACGUCUAUCGGUCAGCGGAUCACCAUACCAUCGGGACAAGAGCCAGGAUUCCUUACUGCCGUUGCGAGCGAGCUCUUGGCAACAUCUCUCCUUUCAGCGCUUCCGCAGUCAAGCCACGUCCUUGUCCACGAAUCUGGGCUAGACAAGGCCGUGUCUAUGGCGUUAGCGCGACAGGCAGUGAUUUAUAACAUCAGUAUCACCUUCAGCACAACGAAAUUGGAUAAAAGUAAAUCGUGGGUACAACUGAGUCCUUGGAGCUCGUCCCAUAUGAUCAAGGAGAGCCUACCGGUGAACCUUACACAUUUCGUCAAUCUAGCCACAGAUGAUGAAGGGAAACGCGCUACCGCGAGGAUUCGUGAAGCCUUACCAGCCGGUUGCAGGGAAAUCGACUCGUCCGAUCUUUUCCGUCCUCAGUCACAAUUGCAACGAUCCAGUGGAGACAGUAACAUUCUUGCUACACUUCAGGAGGCUGUUAACUGUGUCCAGACGGCAAUCGCCAACAGCCCACCGCCACACGGCAUGGUCAGACCUAGUCAACUAAGCGAAAACACAGUCAACCACAAUCCAUUCACUGUGAUAGAUUGGACAUCAGAGAAGACUAUUCCAGUGACCGUACAACCGAUCAACGCUCAUCGCCUAUUUUCACGAAACAAGACCUACGUGCUUGUUGGUCUAUCUGGAGCCCUUGGUCGGUCCAUUUGCGAGUGGAUGUCUCAAAAUGGAGCAGGCUACAUUUGUUUGACUAGUCGUAGCUGCAAAUCAGAUAACAAGUGGCAGACGGCAAUGAAGAAAGCUGGGACUGAGGUUAGAUUCUAUACCAUGGACGUGACCAAGAAGCAGGACUUGGAGAGAACCGUGGCUGAAAUCAGACAGACAUAUCCCCCCAUUGCGGGAGUCAUGAACGGCGCCGCCGUCUUCCAUGAUGCUGCCUUCUCAGAAAUGUCCCUCGAAAUUAUGGAAAAGGUCCUAAAGCCCAAGAUUGACGGGACAAGAUACCUCGAUGAGGUGUUUAGCGACUCGAAACUGGACUUCUUUAUUGUGUUCUCGUCAUUGACUAGCGUCGUCGGAAAUAGUGGUCAAUCGAAUUAUACUGCUGCAAAUGCAUAUAUGACAGGUCUUGUCAGUCAGCGGAGAAAACGUGGCCUGGCUGGUACAUCGCUUGACAUAGGUCGCCUUGCUGGUAUCGGAUUUGUAGAAAGAGCUGGUGACACGGUUCGACAACAAUUGAUUCGGUGCGGCUUCAUGGCUAUUUCGGAGGGCGACCUGCAUCAGUUGCUCGCGGAGGCAAUUUUUGCGGGCUAUCCGGGCUCGGUUACUGGCCCAAUUCUGACUACGGGAUGCCGCACCGCGCGAGAGGAUGACGAUGUCCUUGUCCCUUGGUUCAACGACUCUCGUCUUUCUCACAAGGUGGUUAUCGAAGCUCGCUCUCAAGACGCUAAGGCGGAAGGCAUGAAGAGUAAUCUUCCUGUUCGCGAGCAACUUGCCAAAGUGACAACCAAGGAGGAGGCUCUAGAAGUACUGAAAGGUUGUUUCGCUACAAAGUUGGCAAUGAUCUCGCGACUCGCCGAGGGACAGACUGUUGAUCACAAUAUUCCCCUGGUCGAAUACGGUAUUGACUCUUUGGUAGCCGUGGAAGUACGAGGUUGGUUCUUGAAAGAGUUGAAAACGGACAUGCCAGUAUUGAAGGUACUGGGGGGUGGAUCUGUAGCUGUGCUUUGUCAAGAAGCACUGGAGAAGCUUCCAGACACUUAUCUUCCAGCCUUGGGGACGAAGGGAUCAUCAAAACCAUUCAAGGUAGCCACAAAAGUGUUGCCAAUAUCCAAACCGCCCGCUUCCAAAGUAGAGCCGGUGAGUGAGAGGUCUACGGCGCCGUCAGCUGGAACAUCAUCGGGGAGUCGGUCUCCCAUUGACACUCCAGCUACGUCAAUCUCAGCUAUGCCCUCGAACCUUGACUUGGCAGGGCUUUCAGAAAAUCAGAAGCAAGAUGUUGACCAUGUGAAGAAGCCCGAGACACCUUACGUGAGAAAAGAAAAUAUUUCUUUUCCACAGUCUCGGUUCUGGUUCCUGAGACUCUUAAUAGACGACCAGACAACAUUCAACGUCGCCUUUUACUACCGUGUGACAGGUAAUCUACGAAUUGGCGACCUAGAACGCGCAGUUCGUCUCGUCACCAAUCGGCACGAGUCAUGUAGAACGUCCUUCGUGGCGGACGAAACAGAAGCCGAUCUAGCGUACCAAAAGAUCCUACCGAGCUCGCUAGUACGACUCGAAAGGAAGAAGAUUAACCGAUUCGAGGACGUUGCGGUCGAAUAUAUGGCCAUGAAAGCCACACCGUUUGAUUUGACCAGCGGCAAGUUACUACGUCUAAUCUUGUUAUCGCUAUCCGCAACGGAGCAUUAUUUGCUUUUUAAUUACCAUCAUAUUCUCAUGGACGGUGUCAGUGUUCAAAACUUUCUAGCUGAUUUAGAAAAGGCCUACCAGCGACAGCCUUUAGGCGCUACACCAUAUCAACUCCCUGAUUUGUCUCGCCGGCAACGCGUAGCUUUCGAAAACGGAGAUUUCGAUGAAGAAGUCGCAUACUGGCGUAGCGAGUUCCCUCACGGAGAUCACCCUGUUCUACCGCUGCUACCCAUGGCUCAUGUCAGCUCUCGGAUACCGACAAAGUCUUUUGAGGUUCACCAGGUUGGAUGUGACAUCGAGCCUGCGUUGAUGGCCCGCAUCCGAGAAGCAUCAAAGGCUAGUCGGUCGACUACUUUCCACUUCUAUCUUGCAGUGUUCAAAUCCAUGUUGAUGCGAUUCACGGAUGUAGAUGAUCUGACUAUUGGCAUUGCUGAUGCCAACCGAACUGAUGAAGACGCCAUUGGGGUGGUAGGGCUUCUACUCAAUUUACUUACACUGCGCUUCAAGCGCGACCUGGCUCAGCCCUUUCAUGAAUCUGUCGCUGAGGCCCGGACAAAGACGUAUAACGCGCUAGCGAAUUCAAGGGUCCCCUUUGAUGUCCUCCUUCAAGAGCUUAAUAUCCGCCGAUCUUCAGCAUACAGUCCAUUCUUCCAGGCCUUCUUUGACUACCGUCAAGGCACACACUGGAAGCAACCUUUUGGCAAUACCCAGUUAGAGCUCCUGGAACUCUCACCCGGCCGUACCGCCUAUGAUUUGACUCUUGACAUAACUGAUACACAGGAUGGAGCUCGCAUUUUGUUGCGAACACAGGCUGCCCUUUAUGACAUGACAGCAGCACAACUGUUGCUAAAUACUUACGUCCAUCUACUUGAGGCGUUUGCCAGUGACACUUUCUUAAAACUAGAAGAUCCUCCCCUCUCUAGCGACUCGGAGCUCAGGCGGGCACUAGACGUAGGUCGAGGACCAACCCUGACAACAAAUUGGCCUGGGGGAACGUUACCACAUCGUAUCGAACAAAUUGCAGCGAAGAACCAAAAUUCCGUGGCAGUCAUGGACGGCCAUGGCAAUGUACUUACAUACGCUACCAUGCACGACCGAAUUCAGGCUAUUGCAGAGGCCCUUCAGACGGCUGGAGUCACCCAAGGCUCUCGUGUUCUUGUUUUCGAAGAUGCCACUGCAGAUUGGCCAUGCUCAAUGCUUGCCAUCAUGCGCAUAGGAGCCAUUUAUGUUCCACUUGAUCUUCGCAACCCUCUAGCCCGCUUGGCAGACGUCGCCGCUAGUUGCAAGCCCGUUGCGAUACUCGUCGAUAAGACUACUGCCGGUGACGCACCACAGCUCAAUAUUGCUAAUAGCCAAAUUGUCGACAUAUCCAGUGUUCCUGCCAAGCCUUCGUCUCCUAUACCCAACUCUGCCCGCGCUGAUUCGAUUGCAGCAAUCUUGUACACCAGUGGCUCUACAGGAAAACCAAAAGGUAUCAUGGUCAAGCACUCUGGGUUGCGCAAUGAAAUUGAAGGGUACACCAAGACAUGGGGCCUCCAAGCAGAGCGGGUGCUUCAGCAAAGCGCCUUUACUUUCAAUCACUCUUCAGAUCAGAUGUACACCGGACUAGUUAAUGGUGGCAGCGUCUAUAUUGUACCCUGGAGCAAGCGCGGCGAUCCCAUUGAGAUCACCAAGAUCAUCCGAGACGAAGGCAUUACUUACACUAAGGCCACGCCGGCGGAGUAUUCCCUCUGGCUGGACUACGGCCGUGAUCAUCUCAAGCAAGCUUCCAGCUGGCACUUUGCUUUUGGGGGCGGGGAAUCACUCACAAGCACACUUACCCGAUCGCUAGCAGCACUCGACUUGCCUGCGCUCCGCUUCUUCAAUUCCUAUGGUCCAACAGAAAUCUCUAUUUCAUCAACCAAAAUGGAAAUUGCGUAUCGCGAUCCACCGCCACAAGGUCGCAUACCAUGCGGUUACUCCCUGCCAAACUAUACCGCGUACAUCCUUGAUGAGCAGCGCAAGCCUGUUCCUAUCGGUAUGCCAGGCGAGCUAUGGAUUGGUGGCGCAGGUGUCUCGUUGGGAUACCUCGACAACCAGGACCUUACGGAUGAGCAUUUUGUGCCUGAUCCAUAUGCGACACCGGAGUAUAUUGCGCAGGGAUGGACGCGCAUGUACCGCACAGGCGACAUAGCCCACCUCCAGAGUGACGGAGCGAUGGUCUUCCAUCACCGUGUCGAAGGUGAUAGCCAGGUCAAGAUACGGGGCCUUCGCAUUGAGCUCGGUGAUAUUGAGAGCAACAUUGUCGCGGCUGCAGAAGGUGCUCUAAAGGAGGCUGCAGUUACGCUUCGCGACGGCGAUCCUCCGUUCUUGGUCGCACAUGUCGUUUUUGCACCCCAUCACACUAUAUCUAACACUACUUUGUACUUGCAGCAAUUACUUCGCAAGCUCCAAGUUCCGCAGUACAUGAUUCCAGUAAUGGCAAUACCACUAGAACGCAUGCCGCUCAGCAACCACUCCAAGGUCGACCGCAAGGCUCUCAAGGCUCUGUCACUGCCUGUUAUAUCGGCGACCAGCUCCGAUGAAACAAGUGAACAGUUACAACUGUCACCGACGAUGACUCGACUACGCCAGAUAUGGGAAGAAGUCCUGAAGACCAAGGAACUUGGGCUUAAAAUAACCCCCAACAUCGAUUUUUUCUCCAUUGGCGGCAACUCCUUGCUUGCGGUUCGUUUACAGUCGCGCAUCACUUAUGUCUUCAAUGUGACACUGCCACUAGUUGAUCUUCUGGGGGCCAGCACCCUUGGCGAGAUGGCGCAACGUAUCGAGGAGAGUACCAGUUCUGCGCGUCAAAUUGACUGGGAGCAUGAAAUUGCCCUACCCGACCUAACCCUGCCUGGUGCACUUUCCAGUCUUCGUUCAGUCCGGAGCACUGACAAGGUCGUACUCAUCACGGGCGCAGGUGGUUUCUUAGGUAAACAUAUUCUCCAGCAGCUCGUCGCCAGUUCGGAGAUCUCCCGGAUUCACUGCAUCGGCUUKCGCGAUAAGCCGACUGGCAAACCUCGCGAGCUUKCUAUCUCGUCACCCAAAAUCAUUCUCCAUCGUGGCGAUCUCAGUGAGCAAUGGCUCGGUCUAGGUGUGGAAACUUUUAUGAAGCUCGUGAACGAAGUCGACUCUAUCCUUCACAUGGCGGCGGUACGUUCCUUCUGGGAUAGUUACCAUCUUCUCCGUCAAAGUAAUGUGCUUCCCACCAAGCAACUUAUUCGCAUGGCUGCCGCGCACCGAGUCCCAAUCCAUUACGUUUCUACUGCCGGUGUGUUGCCCCAAGACGUUCCGAACAAAGCCGAGUCCACAUCAGCGUAUCCACCCCCUGUAGAUGGCUCAAACGGCUACACGGCCAGUCGAUGGGUAUCUGAGCAAGUCCUCGAGCGAGCGGCGUCAACACUGAAUGUCUCAGUCUCCAUUCACCGUUUCGUACCAGGAUCGACCACAACGCCUGUAUCUACUGUAACGGCGGCACUAGAAGACUUUAUCACAUUCGUUGACAAGAUGUCACUGAUGCCUGAUUUUACAGGGAUUCGUGGCCAUUUUGAAAUUUUACCCGUGGAGGUGGCGGCUAGUCAGCUAGCAACGGCUCUAUACGAUUCGAAGGCGGCUAAAAUCCUAGACUUUUACCACCAUGAAUGCCCUAUUCGUAUUGAGAUAGCCGAUAUGCAGGCGUUUCUUGAGGCUCGGCGUGGAGACAAGGGCCUACCAAGAUUGCCAUUGUUGAAGUUCGUUGGGCGAAUGAAGGCCCUUGGGCUGCAAUACUUCGUUACUUCGCAGACGCUGCGCAUGGAGGGAGCAACAGAGGAUGGGGGUAUGGAGAUUUUGGAAUCGAGAAGAUGA